GUAUUGUUCUGUAGCCUAGGCUGCAGUGCAGUGGUGAGAUCUUGGCUCACUGCAACCUCUGCCUCCCAGGUUCAAGCGAUUCUCCUGCCUCAGCCUCCCAAGUAGCUGGGAUCACAGGCAUUGGCCACCAUGCCUGGCUAAUUUUUUGUAUUUUUAGUAGAGAUGGGGUUUCACCAUGUUGGCCAGGCUGGUCUCGAACUCCUGACCUAAAGUGAUCCACCCACCUUGGCCUCCCAAAGUGCUGGGAUUACAGGCAUAAGCCACCGUGCCAGCCUGCCUUUUCAAAAUUAUUACCACACUAGUUCACAUUGAAGGUAAAAACAACAGUUAGAAUCUCUUACUAACAACACAUUUUGACUUCAAGCUCAGACAAAGCUGUUGGUUACAAGUUCUGUUGAAUUUUUUUGUCAAAUUUAAGAAGUCUAUAGGACAACACAAAACCAUCCCUGGUAAUGUAUUUGCAAUUUGGUCUUCAAAAGCUGUAAAGAGUGACAAAGAAAUUAAAAAAAAAUACUGAGUUAAAAACCAUUAAAAGUAUUUAUUAAUAAUUGUUUUUAAAUAUCACUUAUUUGAGACAGCAGAAACCAAAGAGUUUUCCUUAGAAUUCUCACUUAGCUUGUAUUUCACAAAAGUGAAAUCUGCUUUAGAACUCAGAUUUUUACCAUCUGUAUGGAGUGUAAAGACAAAAGGAAGCCCAACAAAACCAAAGGCCCAAUGGUGUCUAUUCCCAGGGCCAAGGUAUUAGCCCAGGCUAACCCACCUGCCCUGUGCUGAGUAGCUGGAUACGCUUGUCAGUGCUCAGAGUCAUGCACGUGAAUUAGUGGGUCAGGCACCAAGGUGCCUUUAUUCAUUCAUUUCUCAAAUUCAACUCCCUUCAAUUCCUGACUCUGUUUAAUAGGUCAAAGGAUGCUAUUCAUCUUUAUUUGGUGCCAGAUUAUUAUUUUUUAAUCCUUACAUCUACACCUUGAAUGUAAACUGCAAUAUCCAGCACAAUAUUGUCAGACAGAGGUGCUGUAUGGUUACUUAGCUUCAUUACUGCCUGGCUAAUGCUUAAUAUGCUUCAUCCUUUACAGCUGAAAGAAGGAUAUUCACUGUAUUUAACCAGCCAUACUGCAUUUAGAUGUAAACAGCUUUUAUGGGCUAUUUGCCCAGAAACUUUCAGUAAACUACCAAGUUGAGGCCCUGAUUUUAUUUUGGUCAGUAUGUGCAAAUAUUCACAUGCAGUUACCCAGAAAGAAGAAAAACUGGUUAACAAGAAACCUACCAUCAUGCCAGAUGCUGGAAAUAAAUCUUUACAGAAAGGGUUUUAAGAUUCAUAAUCCACUUUUUCAGUCUGUCUCUUAUAUUUCAUUAGUCAAUUGGAAGUGGCAUAUGAAUCAUUUUGCUUUAUCUGGAAAAAAUAUUUUCACAUUUUCCAAUUCCUUUGACAAAGAAGUUUUCGUCUAUUAAGGGAUGAGAAUGCUAUUUGGCUAUUGCCUACUUUUAGAAUUCAAACUAACUCUUCAAAUGUCUUCAUUUAGAGCAUAUUCUCUCAAACUAUCUUAUUGUUUUACUAACACAACGGUAAAAUUGGGUUUCCAAAAUGUCAAAACCCUAAUGGAGUCUCUAUUUCCAAAGGUAAAAUAAAAGACAGCCAACACUGUGAAGUGAAAACUAUCCUGAGCCUUUUUCCCACUCUGAAACAUUUAGAAACUAGGGGGAAAAAAAGUGGGAUUGCAUUAACAGACUUCCAAAACAAAAUGUUAUGGAAGUGUUUAUCUUUUAAAAGGAGAGUUUUAAGAGAAUAGGAUGCUUGAGUAUGACCAACUCCUGCUCAACAGGAAAAAUAACCACAGACCUUUGCUGAGAUGGCCCCAAUAAUUCCAAGAAACCAAGCUAACCAGAAUUUGAUCUAUACACAAUUAGUAUGAAAAUUUCUUAACAAGAUGGAACACCUAUAACAACAUUUAAGUCCCUUCAUCUUUCGGCAAUGAAAUAAGUGAAAUCAACAUAAGGAUAUUUUGGAAGCGUUGAAGGUCACAGUCAGAAUCAAACAGAAAACUUUCAAACCUAGAAAGCAAAAUGGGAACUUUCAUAACUCCUUGAUCUACCGUAUCUAAACAGAAAUAGUAUCAUGACUAUCCAAUAGGUACUUAGUUUCAAAACAAAUACAAGCAAUUUAUCAUGAAAAGCCUACACCUAAUAAGCUGUUUUUCUUCUUUGUUCUGCCCCAUUGUCAUAUGCUUGAGCUUAAUGAAGACUAUCCUCUGCAGCUGCUCCUGAAGGCAGAGAAGCAAGCAAUGGAGUAACAAAGGAAGCCUGAGGAGCCCCUGGUCCCCGAGGACCUUCUCUCUGGCCGUUCACAGCCACUUAUGUUUCAAUGCAGAUUUCAAGACUGGUUUGAGAAAAAUAAUCCUAUUUUGGGGAUUAGGUUCCCUGUCAAAGGCCAUCAGAUGGACAGCUAUUUAUCAGGCACUUAGCCUAAGGCUCUUAGGUAAUGAUAAAAAAAAAAAAAAAAAAAAAAACACAAAGAAACAAAAAACAGAAAACAAAACAAAAAAAUCCCUCAUAUUUUCCUACUGGAAUCUUUUAUUCUGUUUUAUUGAGGCUUAAGCAAAACAGCUUUGCCCAUAACUCACUGUGGCCUGGAGUUAUGACACCAACUUGUAUUUGGCCAACUAAGAAAGAGGCCAAACUACAUUCUUCUUAGAAGGCCUAUUCAGUUGAUAAAUGGCACUUAACUGUUGGUUUUUUUCAUAUAACCUUUACUCAUAAGUUGCAUUGAUUAUGCUCCAAGAGAUAAGGGACUGAUAGUAAUUCAAAUGGGCACGUCUGAAAAGAUUUAUCAGUUUUCUGUCCCGUUCCAGCCAGAUUUUUUGGAAAACUUUGGGGAAAGACUGAAAUUCCCCACCAAUCUGAGACUGUAUGCGAGUUUUUACAUUAAUUGGAAAAAAACAAGAAUCCCAACAUGGCACCCAAUGGACCUCCACAGAUAAAAUUAUUGACCAAAUGAGCACUGUGAGUCGUUUCUGUAGGCAGAUGCUCCUUAAUGGGACCUCAAAGGCCGCAAAACAAGACAUUACUGAGUCCGUUCUGGAAAAGAAUGGGCACCAAGCCUCGAUAAUAUUCUCCAAUUCCAUGACAUUUCAGUGCCUUGAAGGCCUGAUAAGUGUUGGUAAAUCUGUCAUGAUGCUUGUGGUCUUGAAUCAACGUCUGAACUAUUUCCGGUGGAGUGAAAAUUGCUUCUGUUGUCCCUGCAAGCACUGCCGCCAUGCAACAGGUUGCAAACUCUGGAGCACUGACAUGCUUGUGGAGAAGGCAGGAUAAAUCCUCAUAGAGACCGAACAUAAGUGCAAGUGUAGCUGUCUUCUGCAUCAAUGGGGGAAGGAUUCCAGGAUACAAGUUUCGAAAUCCAUCCCUUCUCAACUAAAAUAUUGCAUCCCGGGUUUUGAUGCCAUACAGCUGUUGUCGAAAGAGGACCGUCUGAAUGGGAUAUGUGAUUGCGAUGUUGUUGAAGGCUGCGCAGCAGCCACAGAAGUAAUGCUUCAUUUCACCAACAUUUGUAAUACGAGGUGAUAUAUCUUGUUCUGAAGAUGUUAGUGUUGGUGGCCUCUUUUCAUGAGCUUCUGAAUCCAUCGUGUUGCUUAAGGUCUUUCGUUUUCAUGAAGGACUGACUUUUUUUUAACCUGUAACACAAUCUGAGCCUGGAGUUUGGCAGGAUGAUAGCUUUUUGAUAAUGUUCUCAAUUUCUUCCAUUGUUAUUGUUCUGUUAGUUUCUCUCUUCUGGAGUCAAUUUUGAUAACUGGAUUUCCGUCCUCCAGGCGCCCAUCUCCCCAACCUGUGAAAAGCGGGGAGGGGGCUGGACAAGAUCACUAAGUCCUCCUCCGUCUCUGACACUCCACAGUCAGGGGUCCCGAGGUCAGGAGGCCGAAAUCAGUCUCCCCGGAGGCAGGGCCCCUUGCGCGGUGCCAGCCCCGCUCUCCCCCGGGCGCAGGCAGAGCCCAGCUCCUCCCCGCCCCUGCGGUUUCUGCGCACUAGGGAGGAGCCUCACCAGCCCGGGGCGUGACCGAAUGAUGGCACAGCCUCCUUCGCGGGAAAGGUCGCCCAGCAGCCGGAUAAACACCCGCGACGGGCGGGAGAGCCGAGGAGGCUCAGAACUGAUUCUGCGCGCGCCGCCUGGGUGGGGUCCACAACGACUGGGCCAGGGCAGUUGGCGCGCGCAGAGGACUGGGGUGGGCGCUUAAAGCGGUCGGCUGCCCAGACCGGCCAUGUUGUGUUUUUUCUAAACCUCUUGUUGUGAACAAACAAGUUCGUUGUAGGGUGAGAUGAUAAUCCCAGGAGAACUCCACAACAAACAUUCUUCAGGCUAAUGUAUGUCUCAGAAUCUGUUUUCUAGCACCUAGGAACCCAACUGGCCAUGGUGUAUGUCAAGCACUGUAUUGAGAAAAAAAAAACACAACAAACGUUUGGAAAAGAUAGAGGCUUGUUAGUAAUUUUCAUAAACUUGAUAUAAUCAGAAGCAGCAUCCAAGUCUAGCUUUGUGCCUCACUCUUCUCUUACACCUGGGGAGUCAAGUCUGGAUCCUCUGCUCCAUAUUUAUUUAGCAAAUAAAACACUGAUCUCAAACAGCAACGGAACCUGUGUACUUGAGGUGUUUUUUGAAAACUAAUCAGAAGAGGAAUGCUUAUCUCCCAAGAAAAUUGAAACCAUCUGUAAAAGAAUCUUGGCUGUGCUGUGUUUUGAUUAGAUUGAAGUUUGGUGUAAAGAGAAAACACAAAAGACCGCAGAAUAUUUACAACAUUUGAAUUCCUGUUUCUCCAUCAAAGCACAUUGUCAUCAAAGCUACUUUGGGGAUAGAAAAAAGGUCAAUUCCAAUUCCCAGGAAUCCCUAACCACAACUUUACUUGGAAAUUUCCGGUAAUACUUAAAACACCAUUUUGCAGCUAUUCUUUAUGAUAAACUGUAAAAUACAGUUACCCGAAAAUGACUGACAAAUCAAUCAUCAUUCUGAGCCUGAUGGUUUUUCACAGCUCUUUCAUAAAUGGAAAAACAUGUAGACGGCAAUUGGUGGAAGAAUGGCAUCCACAACCCUCAUCAUAUGUGGUAAAUUGGACACUAACAGAAAACAUCUGCUUGGACUUCUACAGAGAUUGCUGGUUUUUGGGUGUAAACACUAAAAUAGAUACUUCAGGCAAUCAAGCUGUUCCCCAGAUUUGCCCUUUGCAAAUUCAAUUAGGAGAUAUCCUUGUAAUUUCUUCUGAACCAUCUCUUCAAUUUCCAGAAAUAAAUUUGAUGAAUGUUUCUGAAACAUCUUUCGUUGGCUGUGUGCAAAAUACCACAACGGAAGAUCAGUUACUUUUUGGCUGCAGACUAAAAGGAAUGCACACUGUUAAUUCUAAGUGGCUGAGUGUUGGGGCACAUUAUUUUAUCACAGUUAUGGCAAGUGGUCCAUCACCUUGUCCACUGGGACUUCGACUAAAUGUGACAGUGAAACAGCAGUUCUGCCAGGAAUCUCUGAGUUCAGAAUUUUGCUCUGGUCAUGGUAAAUGUCUUAGUGAAGUUUGGAGCAAGACAUACAGCUGCCAUUGCCAGCCUCCAUUUUCUGGAAAAUACUGCCAGGAACUUGAUGCAUGUUCUUUUAAACCAUGUAAAAAUAAUGGCAGUUGCAUUAAUAAAAGAGAAAAUUGGGAUGAGCAAGCAUAUGAAUGUGUCUGUCACCCACCAUUUACAGGAAAGAAUUGCUCAGAAAUAAUUGGCCAAUGUCAACCACAUGUCUGUUUCCAUGGAAACUGCAGCAAUAUUACUUCAAAUAGUUUCAUUUGUGAAUGUGAUGAGCAAUUUUCAGGUCCAUUCUGUGAGGUGUCAGCAAAACCUUGUGUUUCUCUGCUUUUUUGGAAAAGAGGAAUUUGCCCAAAUAGCAGUUCUGCUUAUACUUAUGAAUGCCCAAAAGGAUCUUCCAGCCAAAAUGGUGAAACUGAUGUCAGUGAGUUUUCAUUAGUACCAUGUCAGAAUGGUACUGACUGCAUCAAAAUAUCAAAUGAUGUUAUGUGCAUCUGUUCACCAAUAUUUACAGAUUUGCUUUGUAAGAGCAUUCAAACAUCAUGUGAGUCAUUUCCUUUGAGGAAUAACGCUACGUGUAAGAAAUGUGAGAAAGAUUAUCCUUGCAGCUGUAUAUCAGGAUUUACUGAAAAAAACUGUGAGAAAGCAAUUGACCACUGUAGACUGCUGAGCAUCAACUGUCUGAAUGAAGAAUGGUGUUUCAAUAUAAUUGGAAGAUUCAAAUAUUUAUGCAUUCCAGGGUGCACAAAAAAUCCAUGUUGGUUUUUGAAGAAUGUUUACCUAAUUCAUCAACACCUCUGCUACUGUGGAGUCACCUUCCAUGGUAUUUGCCAAGAUAAAGGUCCUGCUCAAUUUGAAUACAUGUGGCAAUUGGGAUUUGCAGGAUCUGAAGGUGAAAAGUGCCAAGGGGUUAUUGAUGCCUAUUUCUUUCUGGCUGCAGACUGCACUGAAGAUGCAACCUAUGUGAACGAUCCUGAAGAUAAUAAUUCUUCAUGUUGGUUCCCACAUGAAGGCACAAAAGAGAUUUGUGCAAAUGGAUGCAGUUGUUUGAGUGAAGAAGACAGUCAGGAAUAUCGGUAUCUAUGUUUUCUCAGAUGGGCUGGCAACAUGUAUCUGGAAAAUACAACUGAUGAUCAAGAAAAUGAGUGUCAACAUGAAGCUAUUUGUAAAGAUGAAAUUAAAAGACCCAGAAUCCUCAACACGGUGAUACCACACCAAAUUCAGCAACAUAUAGAAAGGUUUAUACAGCAUGACCAGGUGAGAUUUAUCGUAAGAAUAUAAGUUUGAUUUAGUGGCUUAAAAUCAAUUAAUGUAAUUUAAUGUAUCAAUAGAAUAAAUAAAGAAGAAAAUGCAUGAUAAUGUAGAUGGAGAAAAAAAUUGUAUUACAGAAUCUCACAACACUUUAUGAAACAAACACUCAACAAAUAAAGAAUAAAAGGGAACUUCCACAAUCUGAUAAGAGAAGUUAAAAAAAAAUAAGAAGAAUGAAGAAACAUAACUAACAUUAUACUUUACGGUGAAAGGCUGAAAGACUGGAAUUUUAAAUCAAAACAAUGAGAUAACACUUUACACCCAGCAAUUCUACUUCUAGUAUAUACUCAAAAAAUUGAAAAUAUAUGUUCUUACAAAAAUUUAUAUGUGAAUGUUUACAGUUUUGUUCGAAAGAGUCAAAAAGUUGAAACAACCCAAAUGACCAUCAACUGAUGAAUGGAUAUAUAAAAUUUGUUAUAUCCAUACAAUGAAAUGUUAUUCAGCAAUAGACAAAGAUGAAUUACUGAUAUGUGCUUCAAUACGAAUAAACAUUGAAAACAUUUUGAUAAGGAAAAGUAGUAAGCCACAAAAGAC